AUGUCGACGCAACGUAUUUGGACGACUGAUAAUAACCACAGGCCAGAUUAUGGCCAAGAUUCGGAGAAGAGCUCCAUCACGCAUCCCAACACCGUGCCACCCGCCGGACAUCCCUACCUAAUCGGUAUCCAAUCAAGAUUCCGGCGGCGAUAUUAUCACAAAUCGAUACUGCUAUUUCUGCUGCUGAUAAUCUUCAUCCUGACGAUCGCUAUCAUAGUAAUAGCAUGUUUGCUACAUUUCCCGCCCGAGAUCUGUCACACCGCGGACUGUCUCCGUUCCGCGGCCGCCCUCAAGCACAGCAUGGAUCUGACGGUGGACCCUUGCGAAGAUUUCUACCAAUAUGCCUGCGGCAAUUGGGAGGAUGAGCAUCCGCGGCCCGACUCGUACGCCAGCUUCGAUUGGUUCAGUGAGCGACAGGCGAAGAUUUUACGCAACAUCCGACACUACCUGCAGGCGAACAAUAGCGAGUUUGAUCCGAAACCCGUAGUGCAGGCCCGUGCCAUGUACACGGCCUGCAUGAACCUCACUGCCAUGGAUCGGCUCGGCUAUGAACCGGUUUUAAAGUACCUCAAGCAAUUCAAUUUGCCCCCGUACCCGUCGAUUCUGAACGUGACGGAUGUGGCCGAGUCACCCGUCUUCAAGGGAUAUGACUUGGACUGGGUACAAUCGCUGGCCAAGAUAAAGCAAUUGCUUGGGAUGGAUAUUUUCAUUGGGUUCGAUGUGUACCCGGAUCCACGCCACCGAGACUACAACCGGUUAGUGCUGGGAACGCCGGAGAGUGGCUCCGAUUUGCCAUUCAACACCGAUAUCCUGAAGCACAUCCGCUAUGGGAGAACUCGUCGGAAGCUUAUGGUCAGUGCGGAUGACAAGGAGGAUGACGUAGAGGAAAGUGACGCGGAAGAAGAUUCGGCGUCUGUAAGUGCGUACAAAAAGUUUAUGAUCGGAGUGAUGAAACUGAUGGUGAACCAUACCGAUCCGACAAUCAACUUACAAUCCUUUAAUGCGCAAUUCGAGAAAGCUGCGACGAUCGUGGUCCAGUUUUCGGAUUCAAUCACUAAGUUCAAUCGAGAAGCCGAGAACGCUUCCAAGAGUACAAACUUGGAGGAUCGCCUCAACUUGCAGGAUAUUGUGUACUACACGGUAACGGAUUUGCAGAACAUCACCGACACGUACCUGGCGCCGAAGGAUCCACUACCAAUCUGGGAAAAACUGGUGGCCAGUGUAUUUGAAGGGAUACCGGAAGCGCAGCUCAACCUGCAGGACGAGAUGAUCCUCACGAGCAAUGCGGACAUACUCUACCUGAAGCUCCUUGCAGAGUAUCUUUCCGUGACACCGCUUGCCCACAUCGAGCUGUACAUCUGGUGGACGGUGGUGGAGGAACUGAUUCUCCACACCACGAUGGAGGUACGCAAACUGUACUACGAUUACUACAAGUCCAUCACCCCGACGGAUGGGUUCAGCUCGCGGACCCUCUACUGCACCGGUACCGUAAACCGUCUGCUCGGGAUGGCCGUCAGUUACGCGAUCUCCAGCGAUAACUUUACCCAGCGCACCAAACCACGGGUGCACGAUAUGCUCCGGUACAUACGUACCGCGUUCGAAGGACUCGUACGAGACACCACCUGGAUGGAUUGGCCAACCAAGCAGUCGACGUUGCGAAAGUCAGAGGCGAUGCGAAGCCUGAUUGGCUUCCCCGAGUGGAUUCUGGAUCAUCGUGAGCUGGAGCAACAUUACAGUGGGCUGAAAGUGAACGAGAGCACCCACCUGGAAAACAUGAUGGAGGAAAUACAGCGUAAAAACAUCAUCAAACUGCGCCGCUGGCGACAGAAACAUGAACUCAGCUGGGAAACUUUGCCCACCAACGUGAACGCGUUUCACACAUUCCAGGAAAAUGCUAUAACCAUACCGAUCGCAAUCCUGCAGUACCCGUUCUACCAUCUAGGGCUGGAGGCGCUAAACUAUGGUGCACUGGGCACUAUCCUUGGCCAUGAGCUUACACACGGGUUCGAUGAUAGUGGACGUCAAUUUGAUAAGAACGGCAAUCUGAAGCAAUGGUGGACGAACAAAACUGUGCAGGAGUACGUUAACCGUACGAUGUGCUUUGUGAAACAGUACAGCCAGUACUACAUACCGGAGGCGGACGAUUAUAUCGAUGGUUUGCUAACGCUCGGUGAAAACAUUGCCGAUAACGGCGGUGUCCGGGAGGCAUUCCGGGCGUAUCAACUUUACAUGAAGAAUGCUGGCAUGGAACCGAUGCUACCCGGCUUCGAGAAUUACACGCACGAGCAGCUGUUUUUCAUCUCGUACGGCAAUAUAUGGUGCGAGUCAAACACGCAAGCUGCUGCGAAAGCGUAUCUAGACGAUUCACACUGUCCGGGAAAGUUUCGGCUGAAGGGUGUGCUAACCAACUCGCCCGAGUUUAGUCAAACGUUUGGCUGCCAGCCGGGAACUGUGAUGAACCCAAGCAAGGACAAAUGCCGCAUAUGGUAG